AUGGCCGGUCAUGUAUCAGGUGCAUCAACAAGAAUCACAAGUUUAUGUAAAAAAGCAUUUUACACUCACUGUAUUGCACAUUCUCUAGAUCUUUCAAUGCAAGAUCUAACUCGUACAUCAUCAAGUGUUUCCAUUGCUUUAAAUAUGACAAAUGACAUAGUUAAUUUUAUGAGAGAAUCUCCAAAGAGAUUGAAUUUGUUAGAUACAUUAAGUGGUUUAGAUUCCUACACUAAAUUAAAACCACUUUGCCCAACUCGAUGGACGGUGCGUUCAUCGUCCUUGAAUGUAUUCCUAAUUAAGUAUUCGUUAGUGAAAAAUGCGUUAACAGAAAUCAAUCUAGAAGGUGGACGUGUAGCACCGAAGGCAAAUGGCCAUCUAAUCUUUUCCGCCACUGAGGAGGUGUCCUGUGCUUUGCAACGUGUAGAAAAUAAUCUACAAGAUAUUUUAUGUGCAGGUCAAACUCUAACAAGAUAUGUAAUGAGAAUCAAAACGAAUGAGUGCUUUACAAUAUUUUAUGAAGGCGUUCGAGAUGAAGCAAAAUUAUUAACAAAUGAACCAUCACUACCACGUACUCGAAAACCACCAUCAAGAUUUGUUGACUCUCUACCAACAUCAUUAUCAUAUGAAUCAAUCUGUGAUCUUUAUCAUGAUGAAUAUUUUGAAAUCAUUAACAAUAUUUUGAAUUCACUUGAUUCGCGCUUUAAACAAUCAAUUUUCCCAUUGUUAUGUAAAGUUGAACAAUUUAUUCUAUCAACAGCUAAGGUACACAAGUUUGUGAUGAUGCAAAAAAAUAAUUGA